AUGGGUGAAGACGCCCCGUAUGUGGUACAUGCACCGGCAAUUCCCCAAGCCCCGAGCUUUAGUGGCUCAACCAAGCAAGAGCGUCGUGCUUUUAUGCGGUUGUACCAGAAAUAUGUGGCGCAAGUCAACGCGCUGCAGACAGCUCGAACAAGACCGUUCGUUAUGCCGGUGUCCGCGAGUAUGGACCAUUUCGCCAAGCGGCGCGUGGCGCUGUGGGAUUUUAACGGUACCUACGUUCAAAUCGCGGAGUCCGAAUGGAUUGCGUGGUUUAACUUGGUGUUCGAGGAAGAGCCUCGUGAUCUGGACUCGCUGAAGAAACGCCUCGAAACGACGAUCCUUUUCGACGUAAAGAUCCUCGCCGCCGAGUCUCGUGUUAGCAAGAUGCCAGGAGUGGAUCCUCUACGAGGAAGGCAAGAUUGUCGUGGACCUUAUGGUCAAGGCGGUGUGGCCUUCGAUGCUACAGUCGGCAGCAGCCAGCAAACAAAGCGAAACACAUCCGACGAGGAGAAGUCGUCCAAGCCGGCAAAAGCCCCUGACAGCCGUGGCCAUGCGCCGAAGAGGCCUGACGGGAAGAUGCUAGACGGGGGAGCAGGCCCGGCGAAGCCAAGGACCUUGGACGGGGUGGCCAGGCCGGAUGCAUCGCUCGCCCCUGCGAGAAAACCGGCUGUAUGUUUGAAGUGUGAGGCGCAAGACCUCCUAACUGCGCAAAUGCAAAAGUGGAAGGAUGCUCGUGAGGUGCUUCCGACUGCUAAUGUAUUCGAUCUCGGCCCGAAUUGGUCGAAGAUAGAAGGAGGUGCCACCGUCGCGGACGUCGUCAUGGUGGACAACCUGCUACUUGACACGCGUGCCAAGGUCAACGUGCCUUCUGUGGGGCUGGUGGCAGCUCUGGAGAAGGCUGGUGUGGUGACCCAGGUGGUGGUGGACGACACACCGCCUGCCCUGUACCCGUACGGCAAAGCGACCAAGCCUGUGCUCCUAAGCCGACGCUUACGCCUGAGCGUGGCCCUCACGACGACGUGCGGUCCUCUCCUGUUGCGUGGCUUACCCGUCUGGAUCGACGAUGACGCGGACGACGACGUCGCGCUGAUUUUCAGCCGUCCGUUGAUCCCUAGGAUUCAUAACGGACGCGCUCCUGGUCAACGCGCGCUCGCGCAAGCCAGAACGUUGCUGUCAAUCGGGUGUGUGCCAGCUGUCCAGGACUUUGACCUCGAGGCGGGAAUGGAAUGCUCAACCCCUGUUCUGGAUGCGCUACCUGGAGAGUCUAAGGAAGACCGACAACGCAGAUGCGAGUCGGAGGUGAAGGCUAUCCUCGCGUCGAAGGUCGAGGAGGCGCGAAGCCUUGGUCUGGGACAGGACGAGGUUGAACGCAUCGAGAACCUGCUGUCCAGGUUCGUCGAUGUGUUUCGAAAGGAUGUCGGGUGCGACCCCCCGAUCAAGGUGGAGCCUCUACAGGUUUGCCUGAAGCCAGACGCAGUCCCUGUCAAGUGCUCGAUGCGUCGCAAUCCACCUGACCACGUGUAG